UUUAAAGUUUUGAAUAUCUAAAAGUCUCUCUUUUAAUUUCUCUAAUAUAUUUUUUUAAUCAGAACCAUACACACACAUUCAUCAAAUCCAUAUUCAUGCAGCUGUUACAUUUUAUUAUACUCCCUUUUUAAGUGUGUUGUUGCAUAUGUGCUUAAUUAUAUUCCCUCAUCACAACCUCAACCUCAAUCUCAAUCUCAAUCAUGUUUCCAAUCUCAAUCAUGCUUCUUCUUCCACUUUGUUUCUAAUCUACCUGGAUCACAAUCUUUAACCAAAAAGCUCAUUUUAGUUAUAUAAUUUUCAUAUCUAGAUGAAGAUCACCAAAACUCAUUUGGUUCUUCUUCAUCGUCGUCGUCGUUCUUGAUUUUUUUUUUCUUGGCAAUGGGAUCUACAACGAUCAAUACAAAUCUUGGUCUCAUUAUCACCGUCUUCGUCUUCUGCGUCAUAUCUAAUUUACAUUCCAUGGUUCACUGCGCCAACAACAACAACAGCAUUGGAGAUUUGAUUCCUCCGGUGAAUCCAAUAACCGGAGAAACAAACGAGUAAUUAUCAGCUAACCGGAAGUAAACAGAAACAAACGACCAACAUGAAUGAUCUCAAGAAACUGAAUCUUUCGAUCAAGAGAGACGAUCGCAUCGUGAUCAAAUUCGAUCCUUACGCUUCUCAUGAACGUAGAGGAAUCAAAUGCAUUGCCUUCGGUGACAAUGGUUCGUUUUCGAGUUUCAGCGAUACGAUACGGGACUACGAAUGUGCCGCUAAUGAUUCUCAUGGGCACUACGCACUCGUGGUUCUAAACCGGAAACCUAAACCGAAACACGAACCGGAGGUGGUUAGGAGGAAUUGGUGGUGGUUUGUUUUAACCGGGAUUGGAGUUUCGGUUAUCGCUGUUGUGGUGAUCGUUUUUGUGGUGAAAUUGGUUAAGAAAAAGAGGUUAAGAAAGAUGGAGAGAGAGUCGGAGAAGAGUGAGACGAUCGGAAAUGUUUGGAUUGGUCGGAGUAGAAUGCCGUCGGCGACGAUGGUGAGAACUCAGCCAUGUUUGGAAUAUCAUGAAGAUCUUCCUUCUUCUUCUAAUAUACCUUGAUUUUUUUUUUUACUUUUUACUUUUGUAGUUUCUGGCUUAUGUGUACAGUAAGUGAGUUACAACAUUCAAAGUUUCAAGUUUGUUUAUUUUUGAACAAUUCUUACCGUUUUUUUGUCUUUCUUAUGCAUGAGUAAAACUGUACGUUCGUCGUU